AUGAGCAGCAACUCAUCCUUCCCUGAGGUCCUGCAGCUCUGCUAUGAGAAUGUGAAUGGAUCCUGUGUGAAAACUCCCUACUCUCCCGGGCCCAGGGUGAUCCUCUACGCAGUGUUUGGUUUUGGUGCAGCCCUGGCAGUGUUUGGGAACCUCCUGGUGAUUGUUUCAAUCCUGCAUUUCAAGCAGCUGCACUCUCCAACCAACUUCCUCAUCUCCUCUCUGGCCUGUGCGGACUUUCUGGUGGGUGUGACUGUGAUGCCCUUCAGCAUGGUCAGGUCUGUGGAGAGCUGCUGGUACUUUGGGAGAAGUUUCUGUACUUUCCACACUUGCUGUGAUAUUGCAUUUUGCUAUUCUUCUCUUUUUCACUUGUGCUUCAUUUCCAUUGACAGAUACAUUGCUGUAACUGACCCCCUGGUGUAUCCUACCAAGUUCACAGUGAAUGUGUCAAUGAUGUGUAUUAGCAUCUCCUGGAUCCUGCCCCUAGUAUACAAUGGAGCUGUGUUCUACACAGGUGCCAAUGAUGACGGGCUAGAGGAAUUAUCCAGAGUUAUUAACUGCAUAGGAGGGUGUCAGCCUAUUAUAAAUCAAUUUUGGAUUUUGGUAGAUUUUCUAUUAUUUUUUAUACCUACCAUUGUUAUGAUAAUUCUGUAUAGUAGUAUAUUUCUUGUGGCUUGGAAGCAAGCCAAAAUGAUAGAAAGCAUUAGCAGCAAAGCAGAAGGUUUCUCAGGGACUAGCAGACCCAAAGCGACUAAGAGAGAAAGAAAAGCAGCUAAAACCCUGGGAAUCACUGUGAUAGCAUUUUUAGUCACCUGGCUACCCUUUAUGAUUGAUUCAUUCUUUGAUUCAUUUUUGGGUUAUAUAACACCUUCAUACAUGUAUGAGAUACUUUGUUGGGUUGGUUAUUACAACUCUUCACUAAAUCCUUUGAUAUAUGCCAUAUUUUACUCUUGGUUCAGGAGAGCAAUAAAACUUAUUAUAACUGGCAGUGUAUUAAAAGAUAAUUCAUCAACCAUAAAUCUUUUUUCAAAAUAG